GUUACCGGAUUGGAAACUUGCGGUGUCCGGUUCCAAGUAGGUGCCAAGUGAAGUUCCAGAAAACAAGAGAAGAGGGGGAAAGUCACCAGGCCACUGGAGCUAGCAGCUGUUUGGAAGGGAAACGCUGCGGAAGGGGAAGGGGAGAGCGCGGGCCAGGCUCCGUGGGGGCCGAUGACCGGCAGACAGAAGGAUCUGCACUGGGUGCUGAGUUUGUUCCUUGUGCUGCGGAUGGUGGAGACGGUGUCCGGGGCCAGGGGCCCAUUUACAGGGACCCACAUGAGCUCCCCGUUUUCGGCCUCAGAUGUGAAGCAGACCACCACGGUAGACGUGUACAUCCAGUGUCGUGAGGUGUGCGGCCUCAACGUCUCUGACCGCUGUGACUUCAUCAGGACCAACCCUGACUGCCGCAGCGAAGGGGGUUACCUCAACUACCUCGAGGGCAUCUUCUGUGGCCUCCCACCCAACCUGCUCCCUCUGGCCGUCACCCUCUAUGCUGUUUGGCUGCUGUACCUGUUUCUGAUUCUGGGAGUCACCGCCGCAAAGUUUUUCUGCCCGAACCUGUCAGCCAUUUGCACCUUGCUCAAGCUUUCUCACAAUGUGGCAGGCGUCACCUUCCUGGCCUUUGGGAACGGUGCACCUGAUAUCUUCAGCGCCCUGGUGGCUUUCUCGGAUCCGCGCACCGCCGGCCUGGCCCUGGGGGCUCUGUUUGGUGCGGGUGUGCUGGUGACCACCGUGGUGGCCGGUGGCAUUGCCAUCUUGCGCCCCUUCACGGCCGCCUCCAGGCCCUUCCUCCGGGACAUCGUUUUCUACAUGGUGGCCGUGUUCCUGACCUUCACCGCGCUCUACCUGGGCAGAGUCACGCUCGCAUGGGCCCUGGGCUACCUAGGCUUGUACGUGUUCUAUGUGCUUACCGUGGUUGUCUGCACCUGGUUAUACCGAUGGCAGCGGAGGAGGUCCCUGGUCUAUUCCAUGCCAGGCACCCCAGAGAUGCUCUCAGACUCUGAGGUGGAACCAGUGUCUUCCAACAGCUACGACUACAGCGAAGAGUACCGGCCGCUUCUCCUCUAUCAGGAGACCACGGCUCAGAUCCUGGCCCGGGCCCUCAACCUGGAUUACAGGAAGUGGAGGAACAAGUUGUACUGGAGGGCCCUCAAGGUGCUCAAGCUGCCCGUGGAGUUCCUGCUGCUGCUCACCGUCCCAGUUGUGGACCCCGACAAGGACGAUGGCAACUGGAAACGGCCCCUCAACUGCCUGCACCUGGUGAUCAGCCCGCUGGUCUUGGCCCUGACCCUGCAGUCGGGCGCCUACGGCAUCUACGAGAUCGGUGGCCUCUUUCCUGUCUGGGCCGUGGUGGUGAUUGUGGGCACAGCCCUGGCUGCGGUGACCUUUUUUGCCACAUCCAACAGUGAGCCUCCCAGGUUUCACUGGCUCUUUGCUUUCCUGGGCUUCCUGACCAGCGCCCUGUGGAUCAACGCAGCCGCCACAGAGGUGGUGAACAUCUUGCGGUCCCUGGGCGUCGUGUUCCGGCUGAGCAACACCGUCCUGGGGCUCACGCUGCUGGCCUGGGGGAACAGCAUCGGAGACGCCUUCUCAGAUUUCACGCUGGCCCGCCAGGGCUACCCGCGGAUGGCCUUCGCAGCCUGUUUCGGCGGCAUCAUCUUGAAUAUCCUGGUGGGAGUAGGGCUGGGCUGCCUGCUCCAGAUCUCCAGGAGCCACGCGGAGGUCAAGCUGGAGCCAGACGGACUGCUGGUGUGGGUCUUGGCGGGCGCCCUGGGCCUCAGCCUCGUCUGCUCCCUGGUCUCGGUCCCACUGCAGUGCUUCCAGCUGAACAAAGUCUACGGCUUCUGCCUGCUCCUCUUCUACGUGAGCUUCCUCGUGGUGGCCCUGCUUACCGAAUUUGGGGUGAUUCACCUGAAAAGCGUGUGAGUGACGCCGCGUGGCCGGCGCCACCUGGUGGCCGGGAGGUGUCACUGCAGGCAGAAAGAUGGAAGUCGGACCCCGGGGGGGCCCGUGAAUGGGGCUGGAGGUUCCCGGCCGCCGCCCUGGGCGGGGCGACCAGCUAAGCCUUGUUUCCCGACGUCGGAGACCGGGCCUCGCUGUGGACAGAGUUGCAGACAGAAGGCACACGUCCUUGGAUGAUCGGCGGAGCCUCUCGGAGGCAGGGGUUGGGGGUGAAGGGGAUGACGGAGUGCCUUCCAAGCUGUUACUGGAAGACCACGGGCGUGUCCGGGGCCUGGAGUCACGCUCUGCUGCCUUCCCGCAUCUUCUCAGGGCUCACUCAGACCGCUGCCAAGCCCGGGCUUAGCCAGAGUGACUCAGAGGGCGGGCACAACACCUCGGGCCAUCGGGGCUGAGUUCUAGAGCUGCACCGUCCGACAGAAAUGGAAUAGGAGACACCUGCCUGCCUUUGAGAUUUCCAGUCGCCACGUUAAUAAAAGCCAAAGCAAACGGGGGGAAAUUCGUGGUACCAUACGUAUGGCUCAGUGGCCCCAAACUAGCAGCACGUGGCUCUGGCCCCCUCAGCGGCCACCGUCCUGGACGGCACAGCCCUCGACUCUACCUCCGGGACCGUCUGCCGACUGUCGCAAGCGCCUCUGUGCCCUGAGCUUGGGUUUCCCCAGCUGUGAAACAGGAGUCCGUUGACCGUGGCCCUGUGCCUACCUCAGGGGGAGCCCCGGGCCGGGGUCACAAUGCCCGAAAGCUCCGGGGACAGAAUGAGUGCUCCCCAGUGCCUUCCCGCUGUCCGCCGCUGACCUGACUUUCCAAGGAGCACCUACGUUCUCAGUUUGCCCGGCCGCCUUAUGCCGGCGGUGGCAAAGGGGUCCAACUGUCUUUUUUCCAGUGAAAAAGUCAUUAAAUAUUUCAAGUGUACAGAAAGGGA